GGCUCAAGGCUGGAAGCGAAUACUUAGAUUUUGCAGCUGUCUACGCGUCGCUGCAUGAAUCUUUUCUUUUCAUUAUCGGUGAGCGAUUUGUGUGUCAGCCAUCAUUGAGAAUUCUAUAUUUUGGGUGAGGGGACCUUUGUCUCCAAGCAAUAAGGAUACAGUCGAUUCUCGGGCCAAGGACCACGAAGUCAGCAUAUGAGGCGUUUAUCUAGGCCAAUAAGUUUGUAGAUACUUUGGCAAGAGUAAGCUGAAUUUGGUAGUGCAGCCACUGCAGCGACCAUUUUGACGGACCAGCGGAUUAUUGAGCCUACUGAUACGCCAAGUAGCAUGCGAGCGAUAUGCAAGGAGCAAGAAUUGACGAUGAGCCUAUCGGUUGAGAUCUUGCCUGACGUUUGAAAGUUUUAGAGAUGCUGCCUGUUUAUUCGCAGACUGUUCGGACUAUUCUUCAAUGUUUGUGUGGGGGUAAGAUUGUUCGAGAAUAUAAAUAGUGCAUCUGAUAUACAAUAGACAAAAUAAUUUUGUCGAUUGACUCCCUUUUCUUCUUUAUCGACAUCUGGCUCUAGCAGAGAAAAUGGCUUCGGCUCACGUAGAAACACCACCUGCAGACGCAACCGGGUUACCAGAUUACCUUCUCGACCCCAAUGCAGUAAUGAAGGAUGUUGAUGCUAAAUGGCGAUACAAUCAGCCUCCAGACUACACAAAUACAAGAAGAUUCUGGGCACAGACCAAAACACAAAGUCACACGGCUGCAUCCCUGCCCUCUCUUGUCGAAAAUCUCGUCAAGAACUGGGAGGUAGAAGCCUCUUUCAAAACUGACAUGUCUGACUGGCGCACCGUCGAUCAUCCCAAUUUCACAUUCUCUGUCAAUGGCUCUGCACCCAUUACAGGCGAAUAUAUGUUAAAAGUGGGCACUUAUAAUGCUAUUAUUCCAUCGAACGAAUACUAUUCUCCGGAAAAAUCCGAUUUUUCAAGCAGCCACAAGACAUUCAAAAGGAUGAUGCCAACCUUCGCGUGGGAGGUGUUAGAGGUAUACAGUGGGCCACCAACCGUUAGUUUCAAAUGGAGACAUUGGGGUAUUAUGAAGAACGAUUAUGUUGGAGUUAAUGACAAAGGCGAAAAAGUGACCAUUACCUCGCAUGGCGGAACAAUCGACAUUCAAGGUGUUGGAAUAGCGAAAGUCGACUCAGCAGUACGUCUCCAAGCUGUAGAGAUCUUCUACGACCCCCUCGAGAUGUUUAGACAGAUAGCGAACAAAAGUGAUGUCAAGAAAAUUGAGUUGCCUAAAGGGAGCAAGGACGAUCUAACAACAUUACUACACGGCGAAGGGUACGCGGCUGAACAGCCAGAGGCUGCGGUGGCCUCCACGGGCUGCCCAUUUAUGCCUGGGGAGAACAGGGAAUAAGGUGGAGAUUUGGAGCUACGAUACAUGUUUCUCUCAAUUGGAAGUACUGAGAAACUUAAUACUACUGUUGGGAUAUGACUGCGUUUGCGCUUAAGGCCCGUGAUAUGAGAAGAGAAAUAUUGAAUCAAAAUUUCGCUCA